AGGUUUCCGCACAGGACAAAAUGUCUGCGAGGAUCCUGGAGGGGAUCGGCGAUCCCAGACACCCAGCCCACCUCCCGCUUCGGGGGUGAUGGGCCAAAAAUAGCUUGAGGCAGCUGACAAUGAAAGUAUACAACAAUGUAUGCAAAGACCAAGAGCCAAAACCAGAUGGUAGGCUUCCAGAGGGCAGGGACUAUGUGGUGCUCCUCUUGGCAUCCUGGGCAGCAAGCACGUGCCUGGCCCUGAUCAGCACUGCUGAUGGUUCUUGAGAACUCAGAAGCCACACUGCAGUGUUUCCACCUGAGAACCCGGGCUGGCUAGAAACCCUGAGGCAAUGAUAGAGACAGCCCACCGCCUGAUUUGAAGGCGCUGCCUAGAGAAUGAGGAGCGACGAGCCGGCCGUGACCAUGGAAGAGACGGGCGGGCCGGACGCGGCUGCGGGCCGCCUGGGGGCGCCGUACUCCGAGGCCUGGGGGUACUUCCACCUGGCGCCGGCGCGCCCCGGCCACGCGUCGGGCCCCUGGGCCACCUGCCGGCUGUGCGGGGAGCAGGUGGGCCGCGGCCCGGGCUGGCACGCGGGCACCCCGGCGCUGUGGAAGCACUUGAGGAGCGCGCACCGGAGGGAGCUGGCGGAGAGCAGCGCCCGCCGCUCGCCGCCCGCCGCCCCCGGCCCCGCCGCGGCCGCCGAGGGCGACUGGGCGCGCCUGCUGGAGCAGAUGGGCGCGCUGGCCGUGCGCGGCAGCCUGCGGGAGCGCGAGCUGGCGCGGCGCGAGGCGGCCGUGGAGCAGGGCGAGCGCGCCCUGGAGCGCAGGCGGCGGGCGUUGCAGGAGGAGGAGCGCGCGGCGGCCCAGGCGCGCCGGGAGCUGCAGGCCGAGAGGGAGGCGCUGCAGGCGCGGCUGCGGGAAGUGAGCCGCCGGGAGGGCGCCUUGGCCUUGGGCUCGGCCCUGCUGCACACUCCGCUCAAAGAGGAGCCCGAGGGGGACCCCAGGGACGGCUACGUCAUCACGAAGGUCUUCCUGUAGGUUUUAGCCGCUCCCACCCCCCACCCCCGGCCAGCGCUACUCAAAAAGUGAGGCCCGCGGACCGGCGUCUUCAGCCUCGCCUGGGAGCGAGAUCGCAGGCCCGUUGCCGCUCUGCCGAAUCGAAAUUGCCAAAUGUGGGGUCUUGAGAAGCACUUCGGAGGCCCGGCAGAACCAAAAAUCACUCCGUGGUCCUCCGGGGUGCCUGGGAGCGCAAGCUCCAGCGGCCUCCAAUGCUGGUGGCGUUUAGUGGCAUCCGUGCAGGGGAUGGUUUUCCUCUGACUGACUUUGGAAUGAGAGCUCCAACAGCCCUGUGAACCUAGAUCACCUGGAGCCAUGGCCAUUUUGUGUCUGGUGACUUUGAAAGGACAGGAGCUUCCUUACACACCAAAGACUAUCACACCAUGUGCCUGUACACCAGCCAGGGCAACCCAGGGUAGAGGGUGCAUGGAAAUGAGGAUAAAGCAUUUUUAUCCAAAAAAGAGUUUUCCUCAUUUCCUAAUGAGUAAACCUUUGAUGAGUAGUCUUGGCCCAGCACCAAGUGCUGAACGGGAGACCGUUUAAGUUUCCAAGACUGCUCAUUACCCUGUCAUUUCUAGUGCCUUAGGAAGGCAGUCCUGGAGAAGCCCUCUUUUCGCUGCCCUCCCCAGCUUGCCCGGCAGUACCAAGCACCCUAUCUUACCUCCGCCCUCUUUCUUCCCCUGUUUCAGACCCAGUGGCAGCUGUGCUGUUUCCCCACUUAACUGCCUCACACCCGCCGCCUUACUAGCAAGACAUGACCCCAUCCCUCCUUGUUGUUAGGAAGGGAGCUUCUGCCCCCACAUCUCCACAGUCCUCACUCCUGGGCCAAGGGGAAGGCACCCUCCCAUCUGAGGCCACCUCCUCCUCUCAUGUUUUCAUCCAUUCCUCUUCCACCUUUCCUGGGCCCUUCCUCCACUACGUUACCUCUUUUCCUCUGUCUCAUUCCCUCCCUUUCUUCAGAGUCUUCCUCUUUAGCAAUGCCCCAGUCUUCCUUGGACUGAAAAGAAAGACUCCCCCAGCCUGGAUGCUCCCAGCUGAGCCCCCUCUAAGCAAGGAGUGUCGAGCAGUCCUUGCUGCUUAUAUUUGCUCCCCAUUCCUUACUCCUUCGCUCGUGGUCAGCUUUGCAUGCUACACUGGACUCUUAAGAAGCCGCUACAGUCUCACAAUGGCUGAAUAUGAUGAUUUAUUUUCAGCCUUCAUUUUGCUUAAUCUCUCCCUUCUUGAAAUUUUUCCUUUGGUAGAUGGAACUUGCUUUUCCUCCAGAGAAUUCCUUUUCCUGAUGUAGACUGGUUUCCAAACGGUUUUUCUUCAAGUCUCUUUUUUCCUCAUUUUUCUGAGAAUUUGAAAAUGUUCAAGCAUCCAGAAAAAGUUGAAAAGCUAGUACAAUGAAUACCCACAUAUACCCUCCACCUAAACAGUUGUUAACAUUUUUUUUUCUCCCCUCCCUCCCUCCCUUCCUCCCCUAGUUGUUAACAUUUUUGCCAUAUUUAUUUUUCUUCCCUCCACCCCAAACAUGCAUGGCAUUUCAUCCCUAAAGUAUUUCAGCAUGUUUAUCCCAAUAGCCUCUAAGAUAGAGUCCUUAAUUGAAAUUCCCUAAUUGUCCCAAGAGUGUCUUUUUCUCUUUUCUAAAAAACAGGGCCCAGUUAAGAUUCAUACAUUACUUCUGAUUAUAACUCUAGUCUCUUUUAGUCUAGAACAGCCCCCUUACUAUUUUUUUUUCCAUGACAUUUAACUUUUUAAAAAGUCCCGGCCAUCUUAUGUAUGUCUUAUAGACAUCCUGUAUUCUGGAUUUAUCUGAUUGUUUCCUUAGGCCAAUUUAUGUACCCAAUCUUGGUUCAUCUAUACCCGUAGAGGUACAAUAAUCACCUCUGUGCCAGCGACUCCUGACUACCUCCAGCCUUGAGUGUUCUUCCGGCUCUGUCCUUCAUGGCCAGUCCCCUGCAGCAUGUCUCCACCUCUACUUGCAUAUCUUGCCACAGGAGAUGGUAGGGGUAAUUCUAUUCAACUCUGCAUCUCCACCCCUGACCCAAUAACUAAUAACUACUGGGCUCUUAAAAUGUAUCAGGUACAUUUACAUGUAUUAUCUCACUUUAUUUCCACAGCAGCUCCUUGGGGGGCGGGUAUUAAUACUAUGCCCAUUUUACAGCUAAGGAAACUGAGAGAGGGGUUAAGUGGCUUGUACGAGAUUACAGCUAGUAAGUAGUUGAGUUGGGUUCCAAAUCCAGUCUCUACCUGCAGAUGCCAUGCUCCCAGCUGCCGUACUGUUGGCCUUGUUACUCAGUCACUGGAGCUGACACCUGUUUCAUUCCUAACUCCAACUCCAGGUAGUACCAUCAGUGACAUUAACAUGUACUGAGCACUCACCAUGCCAGAGCUGUGCUAAAAUGCUUCACAAGAAUAACUAACUGCCUACUAUGCAGCAACCCCGUGAUAUAAUUACUCUUACACCCAUUUUGUAGAGGAGAAGAGACAGGCUCAGGGGAACUAAGUAAUGUCACGGCAGAGUGGGAUAUGAGCACCAUUCUCACUGAAUCCUAGGCCCCUGAUCUAUUGAGUCUAUUUCUACAAAGUGUCACAGCUGUCUUCCUUCUGAUGCCACCUGCUCAGCUCAGGCCCCAUUUAUUAUUCAUCUGGGAUUCAUCUUCCCAUCCUUGUGUUCCCACACUGUCCCCUACUUGGCCAAAGGAACUGUCCUAAGCUGACAUUGAUUAUAUCACAUUUCCUGCUCAAAGGACCCCCAAGAUCACCCAUCAUCUACAAGCUAUAGCUUUGUGGCUUGACAUUCAAGUCUCCUCUACCCCUGUGCCAGUCUUAUCUGUCCCUUCCCCUACACAUGCUGUAUGCUUUGGCCCAAUUGGACUCCUUGUUCUUCUGACAUGCCCUGGUCUUGGCAUCUCUGUACCUCAGUUUGCCUUUCCUCCACUUAAAAAGCCCCUUCAAUUUCUAAGUAUGAAAAAUCCCACCCAUUUUCUAAGACCUAGCUCAAAUUCGACUGCCUACAUGAAGCUUUCCUGGAUUCCUCAUCAUUCAGAGAUGAUUCUUUACUUCUCUGGACUCUCAGCAUUUUGUAUCUCAAAACCCUUAGAAAGGCCAUCUAGCGUGUGGCUCUGUGGGUUCCUGUCUUACCUCCCUUGCCUGAGCCCUUGGGAGUUAAGGAUAGAGUUCACUCAUCCUUCUACUCCCACAGUGACUUGCCUGUAACAGCUGCUCAAUAAAUAUUUGAGGCACUGAACUCAAUGUCUUUAA